UCAAGUAGAAUAAAUUUACAUAAUACCGAUAAUAAUUUAAACUAAUUACCUUUAAGAUUAUCCUAAUAAGACGUUUAAUAGAGUAAGCGUUAUUAUUUGGUUAUAAUUAAAUAAUUAUCGAACAUUAACUGUAUAAUAUAAAGAAAAAAUUAUGCUUUUAAAAUUACAAGAAUAAUACUGGCAAGUGGCAACACUGAUCCAUAUUCCAUCAUCCACCGGACUUCGCCAUUUUUAUCGUACAGUGAAAGGAGAUUUAUACAUUUUGUCAGGCUGGAGGACGAAGAAUAUUUUGUGAAAAGUGUGUUUCCUUAUUUCUUUUUUUGUAGUGAGAACAAUUUUUGAGAAACAUCUUAGUAUAAUAGUGUGGUUUUGUUUAUUACUAACGUUUGUAUGUAGUGCUACUUCCCUUGCGUACGACUGCUCAUUGGUGUGUCGCUAAGCUAAUUCAAUGGCUAUGAUAUUUAAAUUUUAAUCCAUCGGGUCACUAUACGUGCUCCGUGAAAAAUACAAAGAAGAAAAGGAGGACGCGGUAGAGAUGAGCAGGCCUCAAGGCGGACGCAUCCAAGUCCCCGAUGACCUUAGAGAAAUCCUAUUGGAAUUUACUAUAAGUUACCUGUUGGAGCAGCCAGGAGAUGUUAUCAACUAUGCGGUCGAGUUCUUCACUAGGUUACAAAACAACCGGACCACAACCAUAGUUCGUGGGCCGUCGGCGGGCACACCCGAUGAGUCCAUUAUUUCAGACGAAGAAGAGCCGCCGGUGGCGCGCUUCAACAACCGCCGCAAGUCUGUGUUCGCGGAGACCUAUGAUCCCGAAGAGGAUGAUUCCGACGAAGGCGCUCCGGCGGUCUUCCCCAAGUCGGACGCUCAGAGGGCGCGUCUCGCCGAAGCGGUACGAGGCAUACUGCUGUUCCGCUCUCUUGACGCUCAGCAGAUGCAACAGGUGUUGGACGCCAUGUUCGAAAAACGCUCGGAGCCGGGCGAGUACGUCAUCCGCCAGGGCGACGACGGCGAUAACUUCUAUGUGAUCGAGAACGGAGUUUUCGACGUGCUAGUCACCGGUGAUGAUGGGGUUGAAAAGGUGGUGCACACAUACGAAGGCUCCGGGUCCUUCGGUGAACUGGCGCUCAUGUACAACAUGCCCCGCGCGGCUUCAGUCCGGGCCCAAAGCCCCGGAGCCCUAUGGGCCAUGGACCGCCACACGUUCCGCAGGAUCCUGCUCAAGAGCGCCUUCAAGAAGCGCAAGCUGUACGAGGAGCUGCUGGACAAGGUGCCGAUGUUGAAGGCACUGCAGCCGUACGAGCGCGCGAACCUCGCGGACGCGCUGCUGCCGCGCACGCUGAUCGACGGCGAGCUGAUCAUCCGGCAGGGCGACUCGGCGGACGGCAUGUACUUCGUCGAGGACGGCUCCGUCAGCAUCCGCAUCGCGCGCGACGACGGCAACGAGCACGAGAUCAAGCGUCUUGGCAAGGGAGACUACUUCGGCGAGUUGGCCCUGGUCACCCACAAGCCUCGUGCUGCCUCCGUGUACGCUAUCGGCGCUACUAAAGUCGCAUUCCUCGACGUGGAGACCUUCGAGCGGCUGCUGGGCCCGUGCAUGGAGAUAAUGAAGCGCAACAUCGACGACUACGAGGAGCAGCUCGUGAAGCUGUUCGGCGACAAGAGCAACCUCACCGACGUGCGAUGAACGCCCCCCGCACCGUGACCCGCGGCUCCACAUCCCCCCCUGUUGUAGUUCUCUGCCGCUAAUUACUCUGUGUUCUCAUUAGUCUGUGCUUUCAAACGUCACACGUUCCAAAUUUUAAAUAGUCUGUGACCGGACGCCGCGCGUUCGCUAUCUGUGCUCACGUCAAAUGUCACUUGUGUCAUUAUUGUCAUUGUCAACGAUUUUAUUUUUAAUCGGAGGGAAUUUUUCGUUCCCGAAUUUUUUUAGAUCUCGUUUUGUUUAUUGUGUUCCGUGAGUAUUUCCCCGGGUACAGUAUUGUUUUAUUGUUGUAUCAUUACUGAAAAUUGAUUGUAUUUUUUGGAAAUUUAAAUUAUUUUUGUUUUUUAACGAAAUAAACGUUUGCGUUGCUAAUUUUUUCAUUUCCGCUUGACUAAUUAUUACAUUUCGUAAUUAAAUCAGACAGUGCCAUGUUAUCGAACGGUUUUGUUUAGAUUACGUAAGGGAGGGGAGAUGAAAAUUCAAAUCACGUCAAAUAGUACUGUGUUGGAAUGAAAUUACGCUUAUUUUAGAUAGAUAAUGCCUUAGUAGAUGUAAAUAUACAUUCACGUAAAAUUAACGUUUUGGCAACUAUAAAAAUGUGUCUAAAAUUUUAAAUGUGUGCCAUAAUUUACAAAUGAUUUAAUAGUUACUUAAAGUACAAAGUGUUGUAUAUUAUUUACUUCGACAGAAAACCUAUUUAAUUUCCUUAUUAUGUACCUCGUAUUGCACUUUUAUACUUGCCAAAAUAUAAUGAAUUUCAUCAUUCUAUUUACAAUUUAAUAUUCAAAGGCAUUAAAAUCCUCUAAAUAUAUAUAAAAAAAAUUGUUUUAGUAGAUGUCUGCGCAAUACUAUUUGACGGCCAAAACUUCUUAGGAAACCGUUAAUGCUAUCGCCAUUUCUACUUAGACGUUUUACAUUGACACGGGCUUUUCGUAAUGAUACAAAAUUACCUAACGGAGGUAAAAAUAUGAAGUAGAUUUAAUGCGUGAUCAGAUUUAAUCUUUUCACCUAAACUAAUUUUAUUUAUUUAUUGUAACCAAUUUUAAUUAAAUGAUUCUAUGAAAAUUUUAUGUAUAUUGAGAAUUAUUGCAAUCAGAUAAAUGCCAAAUUAAAUAGUAAUCGCUGUUUGAAUUAAAAAUCAUACCAUCUCUUUCAUCUUGAUUAUAACAGUUACUUGUAAGAGUGCAAUGGUAUGAUUUUUGGUUUUAUUUAAUACUUUAGUUUUAAACAUGUGCUGAUACAGUGUUGUAAUUUAUUGCGAUUUGCGAAUUUAUGUUGUUGCGGUGUUUUGAACUUGUAAAUAAGGAUAGAGUUUUUUUAUCUCCCAUUUUGAGCAGUUGAGAUGAAAGCGAAAAAAUUUACAUUUUGUAAAAAUAGCAUCUUUAUUUACAAAAUCAAAAGUGUUUUUGGAACACGUUUGUGUGUUGUCGCUUCAAAAUGUAUUUAUAUUUUGCUGAAUAUUUUUAUUCGGAAGUUUUAUUUUAUUUGUUAGGCAAGAGUUCGUUUUAUGUUGUAUUUGAAAUAUUUAUGUUGACCGCUUUUGUUGUAGAGAGUUCCUAAAUCGUAUAGUUUUGCUCUUAACAAUUUAUAGAUCUGAGUGUACUAAUAUUGAACGGUAGCCAAUCACAGACACUUUUAAUACUUGGUAUAAUAUUAUGUACAAGAGUACAAUAAUGAUAAAUUAUUGUGAAAACCAUCUAGAUAAAUAUUGAAUAAAUGUUUUAAUUGAAUUUACUUAAAUUAUUGUCGGUACUUUAGUAGGCAAAUGUCACCGUUUGAGAGAUUUUCUCUUAGGUACGUUUGAUCUGCCAUUCCCCAACCCCAGUACAGGGCUCGUUCCGUAGCGAUAGGUUCGCUUUACCACCGACUAUUCGCGGAUGACCCUCAGGUAUAACCCAGUAUUAAUCGAUUGAAAAACCUUGUGAAUCCAGCCAAAGUAGGUGAAUGCAUCAAGAUCAUGUGUUUAAAUAUAUAAGUCUAUGUACUAUGUAGUAGUUAGUUUUUAUCACUUCUUAUUGUAAUUUAAAUAUUAUUAGAUUAGUAAAUUGAAUGGAGUGAUUAUCCUGAGGGUGUGUGUCACUGUUCGCGCCGUGUACACGCGUGUGUACGGACGUUUUGAGUUGCCAUAGAAGUUGUAAUGUUUUAUUUCAUUUAUAUACAAAUUAUAAUGUUGUUUUACCUUUAUGUUUAUUGUUAUUCAGUUUUAAUUUUACACGUUAACCUUAAAUAGAUUUGUUUUGAAAUUAUUGAAUCAUGUUUCGUUUGCUUACAUUCCCUAGUUGCUUAAUAAUAUAUCUAUUUGUUACAAUUAUUUGCGGUAGAGCUGCUUAAAGUGCCUGUUUGAGUAAAUCUUGAUACUUCACUAUCUGUCUCGAUGUCAAUGUUUUUACUCUUUAACUGCCUUCUAUGUGUGUUGUGAGGAGUGUGUAUUGUGCAAUGUUUUCAUUUAAAUUGUAAACGGAAUUAUAUUUAUCGCCAUGCUUGACACUAAGUAUGAUGGCAUUAAUAAAAAUCCAUAGAUAAUAAAUUUACAUUGAUACAGUUACAUAAUUAGACGUAACCAUGAUUUCCUACAUACUGUAGCAUAGAUAAAACGGUUAUAUGAUAAGCAAUGUCAAGCAUGGUGGACCCUCGACUGGAGUAAUCAGCACGACUGAUUUUACAUACUAUAUCAGAUUUAUUUAUAUAUUCAAAUAUAUAGUGAAUAUUUAACUGCAUACUAUAUUAUUACUGUCAUUCGUCCGUUGAAAGUUUCUGGUGUGUGAUUUAUGUGAGAUGUUCCCUUCUAUAUGCAUUACUGGAUAUUUCUGUGUAUAUUAUUUACUAUUGUUGUACAGGUGAGGCGAAUGCGUCGAACCUAUAUUAUAUCUUUGUCCCUGAUGUAUUUUAAAGCCGUAGUUAAAGUAUCAUGCAAUAAAUUAAUCAUUUAUGUCGUAUAACAUAUUAAAACUUUGUCAUUGUGGACUUAUUUAUAGAUUAAAAUAGCAUAAGACCUAAUAAUACUUCUCUUUAUAUACAGAUGUUAAACCCUAUCGCGUUCCAAGUUAUAGUAUGUGCAAAUGUGUUUGAUCCAUAGCAGUGUGUCAAGCGUGGAAGCACAAACGUAUUGUAAGCGUUGUCAAGGAUUUCUGUUGUCUUCCAUCGGGACGCACAGAAUUUACUUUACGAUUCGCUCCCGGUAUAUUCCUUCGGAGCAGAAUUUUUGGCAUUAUAAUGUAAAUUAAUCGAUACGCUUAUAUGUAGCGUAAUUUUUUAUAAAUUACUAGUCAUCGGUGUCUACUGUAGAUUAUAACCGAAGAGCACAUUUCAAUGAAACAUUUCAUAUUCACGUUAGCUGUAAGACGCCAUACCUGUCCCAUACGAAGCAUAUCAGCGCGGUGACGCCGUUUCCUAAAUCUAAUGCACACCUACAUCUGGUAGCAAGUUGUGAACUAGUUCCGCUUUACCACGUCAUGAGCUUACCCUGUACAUUUAUAAAAUUAUGUAUCGUAAAAUGUUAGAAACUGAAUUAUAUUUGUUUGUAGAUCUAA